CACGUUUUUACAACACGGAAGCACGUUGUGUCGUUAUGUGAAGUUAAGAAAACAAUCCAUUUAUCGACAGAAAGGAGAUGUAAUUCGUUUUGAGUGAGAAGACAGAUAGGCACUUUUAAUAACUAUUCGCAAAUGACGAACAGAUUUACGAAGCUUAGCUACCGCGUGAUCAUUUUAUAAAAUGGUUUGAAAUUUGAGAAAUAAAAACUAAAAAGCUACGGCAUUGCAUAUAAAUAUAUAUCGGGGCGUUACUUUGCUUCGCUUUUGUUUUUUAUGUAGUUGUAAAACUUUUGCGUCAUGGAGCAACUAGUCAUUUGACAUCCUUCCUCGUUCCUCGUAUGCAAAUGAUCCAUCGCUCGAUAUUUUCACAAGCACUGUGACGGGAUUCACUCAUUCAGCCAUGAGACUGAUCGACACUGCUCUGCUCUUCUUUCUUAUCAUCCUCAGCUGUAAUGCGCUGGGGCUCAAACCACAGCUCUUAGGCAGACACACAGUCCAAACCAGCUCUCAGCACACAUCUGUCUCAUACAAAACUUUCUAUUUUGAUCAACAGAUUGACCAUUUUGGCUUUUUGGAGAAUGGGACAUUCAAACAGAGGUAUCUUCUUAAUAACCAGCACUGGCACAAGGGGGGCCCAAUCCUAUUUUACACAGGCAAUGAAGGAGACAUCACAUGGUUCUGUAACAAUACUGGUUUCAUGUGGGAUGUAGCAGAGGAGCUGGGAGCCUUGUUGGUUUUUGCAGAACAUCGCUACUAUGGAGAGUCCAUGCCAUUCGGCGAAGAGUCUUACAGCAAUGCUAAGUAUCUGAACUACUUGACCUCAGAACAGGCUUUAGCUGACUUUGCAGUGCUCAUCAAAGCUCUGAAAAAAACCCUGCCCGGAGCUCAGAAGAGUUCGGUCAUCGCCAUCGGUGGCUCCUAUGGCGGGAUGCUGGCGGCCUGGCUGAGGAUGAAGUAUCCCAGUGCAGUUGUAGGUGCUCUUGCCGCAUCCGCUCCCAUCUGGCAGUUCAUUGUGCCGUGUGGAGAGUUUUACAAAGUGGUCACCCAUGACUUCACCAUCAGUGGCACCAACUGUAGCGGCAACAUCAGAAGGUCAUGGGAGGCUAUUGACAGGUUCUCAGCAACAGGUGAGGGUUUGCAGUGGCUGUCUCAGGAGUUUGGACUGUGUAAUCCUUUAAAGACUCGAGACGAUGUGUAUGGCUUCAAGGCUUGGCUGCAGGAAACCUGGGUGAACUUGGCCAUGGUGGAUUAUCCAUAUGAAGCUAACUUCCUCCAACCACUUCCAGCCUGGCCUGUUAAGGUGGUCUGCAAAAAUCUUAAUUUUAAUACCGGUGUAUCAGACAAACAGCUGUUGAAUGGUAUCUCUCAAGCUGUACGGGUGUACUACAAUUAUACGGGAGAUGCAGUCUGUCUUAAUACCUCACAAACUGCUACUGGGAAUCUGGGCUUCCUUGGUUGGUUCUAUCAGAGCUGCACAGAGAUGGUAAUGCCAAUAUGCACAGACGGUAUCGCUGACAUGUUUGAGCCACAGCCUUGGAACUUCCAGGCUUUCUCCGACGAGUGCUUCAACCAGUUUGGAGUGCGGCCACGGGAAGACUGGGCAGAAAUUGUGUAUGGUGGGAGAAACAUAAUUGCUCACAGCAACAUCAUCUUCAGUAAUGGGAAUCUUGAUCCAUGGAUGAGUGGCGGAGUGACCAAAAAUCUUUCAGAAUCACUGGUUGCCAUUAUGAUAGAUGGAGGUGCACACCACCUUGAUCUGCGCUACAACAGCGAGUUUGACCCAGAGUCAGUCAUUAAAACACGAGCUCUAGAAGUACGCUACUUCAAGCAGUGGAUCAAAGACGCAGCAACUACCCAAUGAUGUGGAAUCAAGUUCACUAAAAUAAAACAAAAAUGGUAAAGAAAAAAAAGUUUCUGUUUGCCAUGUGCCAAAGUUAGUGGUUUUUUAUUUCUUGGUACUUAACUGAAAGAAAUUGUUUUAUUAUUGAGGAGUGGAAGUUUUUUGGGGGAUUGUGGUUGAUCAUAAUGUUGUUUAGGUUUUUUUUUUUUUUUUUUUUUUUGCGAAACAAGAAUGUUCAGUAAGUCAGAAAACACCAAAUGCAAAACCACUCAGGGGAGUUAUCCUUUACAAAAGUCUCAAUGUUUAAUUUUAGCUAUACAAAUUAUACAUUCACAGCUACGGUCUUUAAGUAUGCUACAUUUUAAAAGAAUAAAGAUUGUGAAACUGACAUCAUGCCACGUAGAGCUCUGGCAGCAGAGGGUGACCCUCUCAAAAUGGCGGCGGUGCCCCAGCUUUUAACUGCGUGACGUAGAUUCACAUUCUCUGUAGUUAAAAUGGUCACUAUUUUUACCCCAAUGAAAAUAAAAGUCUGUGUGACUUUUGUACCAUAUUUUCUGUUCUGCAUUUUUAUAAUGUUAUGUGUUGCGAACAUUUGAGAGUAAAGUGGAGAAACUAAUUCAUAUUUCAAUGUUUUUUUAAUUUUUUUGAAUAAUUUCUACUAUUUAGAUCUCAAUCAGUUCUAGUCGCUGAAAUUAGCUGGAUCUAAUAUCAGUGAUGAGUGUUAUUUUCAUAUGUAUUCACCACAGAUCUUAUGUUUUCUGAAGAAACUGUGUACACUUCAGGUUGUACAAUGUUUUUUUUUUAAAUGGAAAUAACGAUGCUCGAAUAAACAGAAUGAACAGAAUAAAUCCAAAUGAAUGGAAACAACUGUA